AUGUCCCACGAAGGAGAGGAAGAUCUAUUAGAAUAUUCCGACAACGAACAAGAGAUUCAAGUCGAGGCCGCUAAGAGCAAUGAGGCAGCAGCUGCAGAAACAGCUGGUGAUGCCGCAGAAAAUGGUGCCGACGGUGACAAGAAGGGUUCUUACGUUGGUAUCCAUUCGACUGGUUUCAAGGACUUUCUCUUAAAGCCUGAGCUUUCUAGAGCGAUCAUUGACUGUGGAUUCGAACAUCCAUCUGAAGUUCAACAACACACAAUUCCACAGUCAAUCCACGGUACCGAUGUGCUGUGUCAAGCGAAAUCUGGUCUGGGUAAGACCGCCGUCUUCGUGCUUUCAACUUUGCAGCAGCUCGAUCCAGUUCCAGGUGAAGUGUCGGUUGUUGUGAUCUGCAAUGCCAGAGAAUUGGCGUACCAAAUCCGCAACGAAUAUCUCAGAUUUUCCAAGUACAUGCCUGAGGUCAAGACUGCCGUGUUCUACGGAGGUACCCCGAUUGCCAAAGAUGAAGAGCUAUUGAAGAACAAAGAUACGGCUCCCCACAUCGUAGUUGCCACGCCCGGGCGUUUGAAAGCACUUGUUCGUGAUAAGAUUAUCGACCUUUCACACGUCAAGAAUUUUGUUAUCGAUGAGUGUGACAAGGUGCUAGAAGAACUGGGUAUGAGAAAAGACGUUCAAGAUAUUUUCAGAGCCACACCAAGAGACAAACAAGUGAUGAUGUUUUCGGCCACUUUGUCCCAAGAGAUCAGACCAAUUUGCAGGCGUUUCUUACAAAAUCCUUUGGAAAUCUUUGUCGAUGACGAGGCCAAAUUGACAUUGCACGGUUUGCAACAAUAUUUCAUCAAGUUGGAGGAACGCGAAAAGAACCGCAAACUUGCUCAAUUGCUGGACGAUUUGGAAUUCAACCAGGUUAUCAUCUUUGUCAAAUCCACUUCCAGAGCUAAUGAAUUGACCAAGCUUCUAAACGCGUCGAACUUCCCUGCUAUUACUGUCCACGGCAGCAUGAAACAAGAAGAACGCAUUGCACGCUACAAAGCCUUCAAGGACUUCGAGAAGCGUAUUUGUGUUUCCACUGAUGUUUUUGGUAGAGGUAUCGAUAUUGAGCGCAUUAAUUUGGCUAUCAAUUACGAUUUACCCAAUGAAGCCGACCAAUACUUGCACCGCGUCGGAAGAGCAGGAAGAUUUGGUACUAAGGGUUUGGCUAUUUCUUUUGUUGCCACGAAAGAGGAUGAGGAGAUCCUGAGUAAAAUCCAGGACCGUUUCGAUGUCAAAAUUGCCGAGUUCCCUGAAGAGGGAAUUGACCCAUCCACGUAUUUGAACGCUUAA